AUGGGGACUGCUUACGAAGAGACGUAUGGCAUGUUACAACUUCCGCCGCGGGGAAGUAAACAUAUAAGCCUCUCAAAGGAUACACUGUUCCUUCACCAAACUGAUACUGCAGAUGAACACGAAGAGGGUCCUUCUGUACCUCCCGCGCAGGCCUUUGCUGGAGUUUAUAUGGAACCCGUCGUGCGUUCCGUUCUCACAGCAGAGCAAUUCAUGCGAUGGUCAAAGCGUGAUCGCCGUGUAGAGGAGUCCAAUUUGUGGAGUUUAUUGUUGGAAUUACUACUGGACGCAGAGCAAAGCAGCAGAUAUAAUCCAGAUGCUAUUGGGAUUGCAGAAGUGCAACCACAUAGGCGUUGGUAUAUCUCUCAAUUGGCACACAUACAAGAUUUACUGCAACGAUAUCCUCUGUUGCGUCGCAUGAAUAUUGUGAUGCGCUGGCUUGAACAAACUUAUAGAGAAGGAAAUACACCACUAAAGUUAUCGGCAUCUCGUUCACAUGAAGAGGCAGUUUUGCUUCGACAAAUUAUUCUUUCAUAUUUACGUGGUGGUGAACUUUACAGAGCCAUUGAUUUGGCCGUUACGGCUGGUGACUGUACAUAUAGUUGUGUAUUGAGUGCUGCACAGAUGCAAUCCGUUGCUGAACCGUGGUUUAACGUAACACCUCUGGUACCACUGUUUGGAGAGUAUGGAAACGGUGAAAUGGAACAAGAGUGGGCGGGUAAUGAUCAUCGCCUGGAUAAUCUCUCUCAACUGUAUGAAGAUUUUGUAGAAGAUUCAACUUCAAGUUCAGGGCAAACAGCACUUGGAGGAUUAGACGCUGUUAUUGCAGCUGUUCUUUGUGGAAAUCUUGAGGUUAUGGAACCGGCAUUUAUGGCCUCAGGAAACUGGAAAGAUGUGAUGUGGUGUCAUCUGCGCUCUGCUUUAGUCUUGUGCUUUACAAAGACACUUAUGAAUGCACAUAUCCCUCUGCAGGCAUCAUAUGCCGCUUUGGUAACUAAACUAACUGGUCCACAUGACUGUUGGCAGGAUGAGACGGCACGUAGUGUUGUAAAUCGACUUUCAGAAAGACUUCAGAAUACAUAUCUUCGUACAGCUUCAUUAGAGGAACAAUUACAAAUGCGUGUGAUUCUUCAAUUUCUCUCACCUGGAGGAGUUGAUAGACUAAACAUCAGUUCUGAUAUUUACAGUAAACGACGGGAUGGACCUCGAUUGGUAUCUCACCUUUUGCUCUGUCUUGAUACAGCUUAUAAUGAGACAUUACACUCUCAUUCUGUUCAAGUCUACUCUAAUAGUCUCGCCACCGCUCUUGCACAGUAUGCACAAAAUCUUGCCCAAAUAUCAAAUUAUUCUACACAAGAAGCCAUGCGUGCAGUUAUUGCGAUGAAUUUACAUCUUCGUGAUGUACGACAACGUGCUUCUGUUUACGCCUCUUUCUUAAUGGCAUGUCGCCGACGGGAAUUGGAGGUUCUCAGCCGACAGGAGGUGGAAUCUAAUGAAGCGAAACUUGUUCAACUCUUCUGUAAGGCGGAUCCCAUCAGUGCCGUCCGUGAUGAGGUGAUGCGUUUAUUAAAUCAACAGACAGAACCUAAUGCACUCUUAACACACAAUCCAGUUGCAGAAGCAGUGAUGUGGCGUGCAAUGCAUUCUAGUUCUCAAGAAGAGUUUGUUGCUACUCUUCGUGAGGCACUUGAGGCGUGUGUUGCAUUUUGGUUGGCGGAACCACAUGCAGAGUUAGAUGCUAUAGCGGAUGUCACUAGUGUUCUGCAACGUACGAUUCUUCCCAACUUGCGGGGUCAAGAAAACGCAGUUGGUGAUAUGGAGUUAAUUGAAGCACAAUUCUGGAUAACUUUUACACAAAUUCGAAUAACAGCCGAUGAUCACGCGCGCAGUACUGCCCAGCUUGAUAUAGCCUACGGUGGAAAUGAUAAAACUCUCGUAUUUCAGCUAGCUCAGGAAGAAGCUGCAUUAUUGCGGGAAUUACAUGAAUUAACUAAAGAAGCACUUGCCCACGGUGGUGGAUUGGUUCAUCGUUCUCGUUCCUGUAUUACUGCCGUUACGUGGAUUGUGCAGGUCUUUGCAGAGGAGGUAACACUCUCUGUGCGUCUGGCCGCCCCGGGAACAGAUGUGACCUCAGAGCUUCUGCAGAAUGUCUUGGCGAUUGUUGAGCAGAUGGAGUUGUUGGGAUACAUUGAUCCCGCCCUGUUGCCGCAGGAGAGUGCCAAGCAGUUGUUUGAUGCGGUGCGGGCCGUACGGGUGGCGUGUGGACAGAAGGCACACGACUUGUUGAUAAUGGAGGCGAAGAAAAGUACUGCAACCCACUGA